AAGCUGCAAGCUGCACGCCCACCACCCGCGCCGCAAGGCACCAUGCCGUUCGUCAGCGUCACGCUUCCCAACAACCUAAAGCCCACCUCUUCUCCCCACGGAAACAAAGCACCACAGCGCUCGAGCCGCGACCCUGAAGCUCCACGCCCCAACGCCGACGCGCGCGACCACCGCCUCCGUCUCCGAGCGCCCGCAUGGCGAUGACGCGCGCAGCCGCCGCCGCGAACGGGCGGCACCGCCGGUGGGGGCCUGCGGCGGCAGCGACGACGAGGGCCAUGGCGUCGUGGUUCGGGCACGUGGAGCCCGCGGCCAAGGACCCCAUCCUCGGCGUCACCGAGGCCUUCCUCGCCGACCCUUCCCCGGACAAAGUGAACGUCGGCGUCGGCGCGUACCGGGACGACAACGGCCGGCCCGUGGUGCUGGAGUGCGUGCGCGAGGCGGAGCGUCGCAUCGCCGGGAGCAUGAACAUGGAGUACCUACCUAUGGGAGGAAGUGUGAAGAUGAUCGAGGAAUCACUGAAGCUGGCAUAUGGGGAGGAUUCAGAGUUCAUCAAGGACAAGAGAAUUGCAGCAGUGCAAGCUCUUUCAGGGACUGGGGCAUGUCGUCUCUUUGCAGAUUUCCAGAAGCGUUUCUUGCCUGAUACACAGAUCUAUAUACCGACACCAACAUGGGCCAACCAUCACAAUAUUUGGAGGGAUGCCCAUGUACCACAAAGAACAUUUACCUAUUACCAUCCAGAGUCAAGAGGACUUGACUUUUCAGGCCUAAUGGAUGAUAUAAAGAAUGCCCCAGAUGGUUCAUUCUUUUUGCUUCAUGCUUGUGCUCAUAAUCCCACUGGUGUUGAUCCUUCGGAGGAACAGUGGAGAGAGAUAUCUCAACAGUUCAAGGUGAAGAAACAUUUUCCAUUCUUUGACAUGGCAUAUCAAGGAUUUGCCAGUGGUGACCCAGAAAGAGAUGCAAAGGCAAUUCGCAUCUUUCUUGAAGAUGGACACCAAAUUGGAUGUGCGCAGUCAUAUGCCAAAAACAUGGGACUUUACGGACAAAGAGCAGGAUGCCUUAGUAUUCUGUGUGACGAUGAGAUGCAAGCAGUUGCUGUUAAGAGCCAAUUGCAACAACUUGCCAGACCUAUGUACAGCAACCCGCCACUUCAUGGUGCACUAAUUGUUUCAACUAUCCUGUCUGAUCCAGAAUUGAAAACUUUAUGGCUUAAAGAGGUCAAGGGUAUGGCUGAUCGCAUCAUUGGAAUGCGGAAAUCACUCAAGGAGAACCUUGAAAGGUUGGGUUCGCCAUUGUCAUGGGAACAUGUCACUAAUCAGAUUGGAAUGUUCUGCUACAGUGGUAUGACGCCUGAACAAGUUGAUCGAUUGACAAGUGAAUUCCAUAUCUACAUGACUCGCAAUGGGAGGAUAAGUAUGGCUGGUGUAACUACAGGGAAUGUCGCCUAUUUGGCCAAUGCUAUUCAUGAGGUUACCAAGCCAAACUGAGGCCUCUUCUACCAUCUUCAUGAUAGGAAAAGGAAUUGAGCCAUUCUGAUUGACUUUUUCGUUUUUUGGUUACUGACGGCGAAAUGGUCCAAUGAAGAAAUAAGUUUCGCCUUGGACAUGUGGGCGUCCAAAUUUUGAUUUAUUUGGCGGGAGCGAUAAUAGAAUUACUCCAAUUGGAGAAACAUAUGUUGUAUUGCAGUUGCAUCAAAUAUUGUUGUUUGCAAAAUCUGAAUAAAGUAAAUCUGAAGGAACUUUCAACAACCACACAA